AUUAGCAACCUUCCCCCUAUUUUUGCAUGAAAAGUUACUAAAGUUAUAAAAAAUAAUUUUUAAUAUAAAUUAAUCAAUGUUAUUUCUUACUCUUUUUAGUAAAUUAAUAAAUUAAAAGGUCUAUUCAAUGUUUUGCUAACAAAAUUUCAACCAAAUUAAUAAUUGAAAUACAUAAAAAUAAAAAUGGAAAACACAAUUGUGCAGGCGGAUUUUUCAUUUAAAGGCUCAAAUAAUGACGAGUUGUGCUUUAAAAAAGGUGAUUUGAUUGUGCUGACAAAUCGUGAUGAAGAUGGAGCUUGGUGGGAAGGAACUGCUGUGGAAUCAGGAAUGACUGGCUGGUUUCCAAGCAAUUAUGUAUCUGAAUAUAAGACCCAACCUCCCGUUGAUGUAGUAAGGCCACCAGAAGAAAUUCAAGCAUUCAGAAGUGUUGUUUAUAAUGAUUUACUAGAUAGUGAACGUGCACAUUGUGCCGAAUUAAGAGGUCUUUUGGAAAAUUUCCUUGAACCGCUAGAAACAAGCCAAAUAUUAAACAAAGAUGAAUUCGCACAACUCAUAUCAAAUUUCGUAGAAGUUGUUGAUUUACAUGAAGAAUUAUUGAAAGAUUUUGAGGAGUGUAAUGAUCGAGUAGGAAAAUUAUUUCUCAGUAAAGCACCAAAAAUGAAGCUAAUUCAUCAAACUUAUUGUGCCAUGCAUCCAAAAGCCAUAGUAAUAGUUGAUAAAUAUAAAGAAAACCUUAACGUUUUCAUGGAAAAUCAAGGUGCUGCAAAACCGGGGAUUCUUGUUCUUACAACUGGUUUAAGCAAAUGCUUUCGCCGACUAGAAAAAUAUGCUGCCAUAUUACAAGAACUUCAACGGCACAUGGAAGUUUCUCAUCCAGAUCGCGGUGAUACACAACGAAGCAUUGAAGUUUAUAAGGAGCUAGCUGCUUCCGUUGCCGCAAUAAGAAGACAAAAGGAAUUAGAGUUGCAAAUAUUAACUGGCCCGAUUCGUGGUUGGGAAGGUGAAGAGUUGUCAAAAAUGGGUGAAAUUAUUCACAUGGGUUCAUGUGCUGUUGGAAAAGAUCAUGUUGAUCGAUAUUUCAUCUUGUUAGAACAAAACUUAUUAAUCUUAAGUGUAAGCCAACGAAUGUCAGCUUUUAAAUUUGAAGGAAAGAUUCCAAUCUCAGGUAUUAAUGCUGCACGACUACCGGAUACAGAAAAAAUUAAAAAUGCGUUUGAAAUCACCGGACCAUUAAUUGAAAGAAUUGUGGCGAUAUGUCAAUCUACAAAUGAAGCUAGCAAAUGGGUUGAACUGCUAGGCAAAAAUAAUCUUGGAUCAAUUGAUAUUAAGAGAAACACAAGUUUUUCAUCUGUAGCACACCUUCAACCUAUGAGUAUGUCGCCAAUAAUCGGCAGUCAAACACGCAGCAGUUCUUCUUCCAUGCAACAAAUAAAUCAGCACAAGCGAAGCCUUUCAUUCAAUCAUCAUCUAAGCUACAAUCAGGUAGUUGCUCAACAGCAGACGCAGCAACCUCAACAACAUCAAGCCUUUUUGAAACCACUCCUAACUCAACGAAAAGAAAUUGUCCCCACAAGUCCAAACAUAAAAAAUGCUCAAACGAAAAAUAAUUGGAGUAUUACACAUUUAAGGCCGUCUAAUCCUUUGCGUCCAUGCAUUGCAUCAAGUCAAUCCAAUUCGCAGUUGAAAUUUGAGCUAUCAACAAAGAGGCCACAACCAACUUACGAAGAGGAUGCACUAGUGUUGCGUGUUAUUGAGGCAUAUUCUAUUGCAUUUCAAAAUACAUCAAGAAAUACAAUUCAUUCAGCCUUGUUACAACCAUUUGCGCCUUGUUUACCAAUACGUGGAGGAAAGUUACAAUCUUCAAAGCAUUUUUCUUCGUCAAAUCCACAAUUACCGUACAUUUGCUCAUCUUUAGCAUCGUUUAUAAACAAUCAUCACCACCAUCAGCAUCUCUCUAAUUCAAGCUCACCAAGCAUUAAUUCAUCAGUUGUAUGGAGAGAAGUGUGUCCAAAUAAUUUUAAUUUAUAUACUUCGUCCAUUUCAUCUUUAAACUCAUCUCCAUAUAAGUUGAGAUAUUCAACAGGAAAAAAUGAAUUCAGGGCUGCCUCGGAAGAAAGGCCACCAAAGGGUUUUAUUGACCAAAAAUUUCAUGGGAACCUGAAAAAAAUACCAUCUAGUUAUGAUAAUAAUAACACUAAUUCAUCUGCAAAUUCACCGCUAAUAUCACGAAAAUCUUCUUUGCAACAAAAUAAAAUUUGGGGAAAAUCACAAUCUCCAACACCACAACAGAUGAAGCAAAAACAAUUUAAUACAAUUGCCGUAAAUAGUCGAGAAAAGUCCCCAUUUUUGUAUGAUCGUCGAUUAAAUAAGUCUUUUGAAACUGCAAAUGGCCUUUUAACUGAAAACAUGAACUGUCACAAUGAUAAAGGGAUGAAAAAUUCACUUUUUCGUCGUUCAUCGACUCCUCAACUCCAUAGUGUAUAUUAUGAUGGUAACAACCCGAGAGAUUCUGUUGCGUCUUCGUGGUGCUGUGGAAAUUUUGUAGUCAAACAAUGGAAAAAGAUGCAUCAGCAGUACUAGAAUUCAAAAAGAAACACAAAUGCCAAGAAAAGAUUUACGAAUUCAAAACUUUAUUUUAAACGCAUUUCCAAAGGUGAAGGUGCACUUUGUUCGCUUAUCUGUUUAUAUAUACAAGUAAAAAAAAAACAAAAGAUACUAAGAAUCAUUAGGAGAAAGGCUCAAUAUGUUUUACUAGUUUUUUUUUUUGCCAUUUUUAAAAUAUGAUUUUACUGUAUGUAAUAUAAAUUCGCUUCUCUUACUAACGGUUACAAAGUUCUCUUUCGCCUUUUAAAAUGUAUACAAGGAAAUUAAAGUUGCAAGAGAAGUCUUCGAUGUUGCUUUUCUGUGUCCUAUUAACAACUAUUGUGCCAUUUUGUUUUUUUUAUGAUACGACUUAUUCAAUUCGAAGAAUGAAAAAAAAAAAACGUUUUAAAAAGUAAUCAAUAUUUUAAAACAAAUCAAAGUUUCAUAAGGAAUUUAUAUUUUAAUUAGCAAUGCAUGGACACGAUUUUUUUUUUUCAUCCAAAAUAAUGAAAAAAAAUUUAUCCGAAACAAUAUAAAUUUCAUCCGGAACAAAAGAUUCUUUCAUCAGGUUUUAUCCAGAACAAAAUGUUCAUCCGGUGGAAAAUCAUUUAGAGUAAAUUUUCAAUUACGCUUCUUAAAAUUAUUGUUUUUUGAAAUUUUCGUAUUUGAUUAAAGCGAAAACAAAUUGUUAUGAUUUUAACAAUUCGAUUAUACAUUUCUUAUGAUAAGGAUCAAGUAUUUCUAUACAGGACAAUACAUUUUGUCAAAAUCUAGAUCAACUCUUUUUAGCAUUAAGUAAUAUCAGGAUGGUCAUAAGAAAAUUAAUAAAUUGUUUUAGAAAAAUUGAAUUGGAGAUAAUAAUUGAAUGAACUGUGAUAUGGAAUCGGUGAAAACUAAUUAUUUACUUUUUUAUCACAAUGAAUGAGGAAAAAAUAGAAAAUAAAAUAACUAGCAUUGCUGAUACAUAUUUGUGAAAAAUAUUGAUAGAAUAUUAAUUAAGAAAUGAUUUUGUUAAAAUAAAUAAUAAUUAUAGUAAUUUUAGUUUUUAAAAAGAAAUUAUUUUAAAAAGUAUAACUUAAAGUUUAUAAAUUAAAUAUUUCCUCGUCAUACCUUAAUCACAAUAAUUUAUUUAUUUAUAAUGAAAAUGCAAUUUUCAAUGAAAACAGUUUUUUUUUAAGUUAUCUAAUCGAAAUUCUUAAUUUUAAUUGGAAAUUAUUCCAAAUGUGAGGCAGUAGAACAAUAAACAAUAUCGUCAUUUCUUGAAAAGAAAAUUCGUUAAAAAUUGAGGUAUUUAUUCCAUCUUUGUCUAGUCAAAAAUUAUGAAAAAAACCUCUCAAAUCUUGAUUUACCAAUGUGCUAUCUAGUUCAUAAAUAACGUGCCAUAAAAUUUUUCGUAACUAAUUUUGCAAAGACACUAAAAUGAAUUAGUGUCUAAUCAUCCUUUGAGAACUACUGGUUUGAAGUGUCACAACCCAAAUUUUUAAUGACUUGCUAUAGUAAUUGACUUAAUGCAAAUGAUUAAAAAUCGAUUGUUUUACAAUUUUAAUAAUAAAUUAUAUGUGAUUUUGCAAUGAUUAAUGCUAAACACAUUUUUUUCUUUAUUUAAAUAAAAACACUGAAAUGUUCCCCCUUUAAAAAUAAUAAUGGAAGAAAAGAAAAUGUUACAUGAAUCGCGAAAACAACAAUUUGAUACUUUUUAUUUAUAUGUGAAUCCAUCCUUGUAAUUUAAUUAUUUGGAAGGAUUAUUAAUAAAAACAGAAAAUUUUAAAUUCCAUCUCCAUUUUAUUUGCUUUGCUUGAUUCUUACAGUUGCAGAUGACGGUCAAACUCCUACUCUCCGUCAACUUUACUUGACUAUCCGACAGAUACAAAUUGAUUUGCAAGAAAUUAAAUCACAGUUAGUCCAAGAAAGAGCUCAUCGAGGAAAUUUGCAGCAGGUUAUUAUGAAUCAUAUCGAUAAAUGUGGAAAUGGAAGCUUAUAAUAUAAAGUGAGAUCAUAAAACAUUAGAUUGAUUUGAAAUAAAAUAAUGUUUUGUAAUUCUUUUAAUGAUUUGAUUGAUAUUAGUUUUUCUUCGUAACAGCUCAAUUUAGUAAAUCAACAACAAUGAGGGGGUCAUUUCAUUUAUACGCAAUGUCGAAAAUGUCAAGAAAUUUCGUGAUUUUACGUUAAUACAAUAAUACUUAUAAUAAUAAUAAUAAAAAAAAUAUAUAAUCGAGAAAGUAAAAGUUUAUAAUUCCUUCAUUCAGUUUCAUUUAAAAAUUUUGAUAAAAAACGAUAAAAUUUCCGAAUUUAAUAUUUUUUAAAUUAAUUUUGAUGUUAUUGCUUUGAACAUUUUCUUUAAAAAACAUUCGAAUGGCCCCUAUAAAUAAAAAAAAUAUUUAAUUUAAAAUGAUGACAAAUUUACAAGAGUUUCUUUUACAAACAGAUUCUUGAAAUCCAAAUAUUUAAUAUAAUUAUAUAAUGUAGUGCAAAGUUUUUGCAAUUAAAACGAUUUCCAAUAUUUACAACGAUAUUUUUAAACAUACCUAAAACAAUAUUAACUAUUUUAUUAUGAAUGAUUUUGGAAAUAACAUUUUUAUAUAAAGUUUACAAUCUAAUUUAUCUGAAUGAGUUCAAUAAAAAAGCUUAUGACUAUCAAAACCAAUUUAUGUUAUGAAUUUAAAAAAAAUUUGAUGUUUAUUGAUAAACUAUGAAUAUUAAAAUUUAAUUGGAUGAUGAUUGUCUUUUUUAACUUCAUUAUUAAAAACCUUGUUUUUCUUUAUUAGCUUCCACUCGUAACUAAGCUACUAGCUUAGUAGAGUAUUUUUGAAUUUGAAAAUAUAGUUAAAAUAUUCAUUUUUUUGAAUUUAAAGUAUCAUUUACCAUAGAACAUUGGAAGUGAAAUGAAUUUAGGAGCAAAGCAAAAUUUCUUUAAUUAACUUCAAAAAAAAGUAUGCUAAAUAUCUAGUAGUUAAUAUCACAUAAUCUUUAAGGGGCCGUUCAUUUAUGAGGUCCGAAAUUCAUGGGGAAAUGUCUAAAAAUCAUAUUUUUUGAUGAAAGUCAUAAAAGAAUAGUCAAAUGUUUCCUUUUUUCUACCAAUUCGUUAGUUCUAUGGCUGCAGGCUUAUCUUUUUCCUUUUCCUUAUCUCUAUUUCUAUCAAUCGGUGGACGUCUAUUUAAAAAAAUCAAUUAAAUUUUAAUUGAUUAUAAAAGUAAUUUUAAAUUGAGCUUACGGAGGCAACAUUCGUGACAGAGCAUCUCGUCUCAAUGAAUGCGAACUACUUCCUGGAAUGGCAGCUGCUGCAUUUUGAAUGUGUGCUGCUGCUGAUGCAAUUGAUGAGGUUGAAUCUUGAGAAAUAGUUCGAAUCAUUGGUGGUACUUGAGCUCUUCUAAAAGGAUAUCUCCAAGGAGAUUUAGGAACUUGAUCUUUCUGAAAUGCUUGAUUGUCUAUCCCUAAUUUGUUUAUAUCACUCAAUGUUUGCUCUCGUGUUUUCGACGAUAAUCGUCUGAGGAUUCUCGAUCCAAGACUAAUUGGUUCGUCUAAACCACCUUUGCUAUUUCUUUUUCGAUAGCGAACAUCAUGAGAUUCUUCAAGAAUUACAUGUCGAUCAUAUGGUGUGCCAUAAUAAACUUCUAAGAUUGUUGAAUAUUCAUGAGGCCAUAUUAGAUCAAUAGCUGAUAUAAUUAAACCAAUGAAGAAGCAUAAUGUUGCUGCUAUUAAUACUAAAUAAAAGCACCAACCAAAUGUAAAGUCAAUUUUUACUCCUUCAAUGUAAAUCGUUAAUGGUGGUUUCGGGAGCAUAAAAUAAUAUCCAAUGAUGGCACCAAAAAGAAGUGAGCCAGUCAAACACAUUCCGUAUGCUCCAUAUCGUGGAACAGCUGUUAAAAGAAGAUUCAUAAGAAGCCAUGAUGCUAAUGCUCCCCUAAAAUAAUCACAAAAAAUUUUAGAAAAUUUGAUUACUUACUAAUUCUGUUUUAUACUACCAUAACCAUAUGCUUGCGUAAUAUCCAGCAGCUCUGUACUGGCCUCCCCAUGCAAAUCCUUCUUGCCCAAGACUAAAAUAUUCAGCAACAGUCAAUAUUGGAUAAGGAAGUCCCCUCUUUAAAGCAUUUUUAUAUGAGUUUUCCAUAUCAUUUGCCAAAUUCCAAUUAAAGCGCUCGUUAAAAUCAAUAUCUGGUGCUGAAGAUGAAUUUCCAUCAGCUAAACCUGCUAAUGUUAUAUUGACAUGCAUCAAACCGAUAUGAACACCUAUACGAGCUGGAAUUUUUUCUUUCGAAAACGCUUUGUAUGGUGCAAUAAUGUUCUGAUGUGCAACAUGCCAUGAUGAGCCUAAUUGACCAACUAUUCAAAAUUAAAAUAAAAAAAAAAACCAAAAAAAAAACUAUUUUAAAUCUGUAUUUUUUUUCUUGUUUGCAAAUAGUAGUAUUAGUAAUACAGUCAUUGUUGUCUAAAAUAAUCUAGUGAUGAAUUAUAAUUAUGGAACUUUAUGCUGGUUUAAAGAAGUUAUACACAACUAGAGAGCUUUAAUUUGAUAGAUAUUUUAAAGUUUCUUGCUUUCUUAGUUGUACUAACAUUUUCAAUUUAUCAUCAGCCUCAUUGGUUAAUAAUAAUACAUUAAACAAUAAAAUCAAUUAAAAAUUCUAGGAAAAAGACCUUAGAAAUAUAUUUUACGUACAAUUAAAUACAACAAGUGGUUUUGAUUGUCUUAUAUUUUUUUUUUUCACAUAAUACUUACCAAAUAUUACUAAGCCAACAAACAAGCUUAGUGUGACUGUUAUAAAGGUUGAAAAUUUUUGUUUUCGGACACCUGGGAAGAUGACUAAAAAUGCAGUAUAAAAUGUCGCAAAGAGAAUUGAGACCACAAUUAUGUUGACAUCUCCAAUGACUGGUGUUCGAUUUGAAAAAGAAUAAAGUGUCGGAGCUCCAUCAUCUCGAAAAGCAUCGAACCAUCCCUUCAUUUUUGCCUUAUUUUAAUAUAUUAUCUAAAAAAGAAGAAUCAUUUUAUGCAGCAAAUGAAAAAUUUAAAUUUUUGCAAAAGGUAAAGCUUAAGAAUAAGGAAGAACCUUCGACAACAAAUAUCACAUUAAGUUCAAAAAAAAGGAAGCAGAUAGAGAGAGAGAAUGAAGGUUACAACUGGUAAAAUGUGAACAAAAAAUAGCAAAGAAGAAAUGUUGUAUUUCCAGUCAUAUAUCAUUAAAUCAUUGACCACAUCGAAGGACAAAUCGACUUCCUUAGCUUGAAACUAUUUUUUGCUACUUUACAACUAUUGAAAUAAUUAAUUUAAACGACAUUGUAUUAUAAGAAUAUACCUUGUGUGAGCAUAAAGAUUUUUUGUAGUGAUCGUUCAACAAACUCGAAACAAUAAUAAAACGAUAAUCGACCUUUGAAAAUUCCUAACACUUUGAGAACUUUUAUUAAUUUUUUAAAAUCAAUAAACACAUUUCCUAAAGAUUUUUUUUCUGGAUAAUUAAUCUGAAAGUGAUCAUAAAUAAAAUAUGACUUGUCACUAGCUUUGUUUCGCACUGUUACUGUAAUUGCACUUAAAAAACAGCCAAUCUAUUUCCUUAUUAAACCCAUAAAAAAAAACUAAUGAGAUUAUUUUAAGAAAAAUUCAAGCAAAUCAAAUAAAACUAUUCUUAAAAAUUUAAUUUAAGCUUUUUUUAAAAGUAAAAAAGUAUUACAUGACACAGCUUCAGUAACAAGUUUGUUAAAAUAUUUGAGCAUCCAAACAAUAAUUUCAGAGACCACAAUUGUUGUUUUCACUUUCAAUAUGAGAUAAUUUUUGUUUUAUUGUCUACUUUUUUCCUUAUUUCUUUUUCUCUUUUGUGUCUUAUGACAUCAUCUUCUCAACUUCAUUCAUUGUUUUAUUUCGUAAGUUUCACUACUUACGUUUUUUAAUAUGUAUAUAUAUUUUUUUUAAAUAUUUAACUCAUAUUAAAGUUUUAACAUGAAUUUUUAUUUAAAAUAAUGCUUUUAAUUUUAACUUUAAAUUUAUAUUUUGAAAAACUGUAAUUUAUUUAUGUAACUGAAUAAGGCAAAAAUUUCUGAGCGACUGUCUAAGAAAAGC